AAGAGGUUAAGUUAACCUUUUGGUGUGUUUUUCUAAUUGUAAUAUUUGCUUUUUUCUCAUUUUUGCAAAUUUGAGCAGCCAUUUUAUAAACCAUAAUUAAACUAACUCUUUUAUGUGAAUCAAAAGAAUGCCAAAGAGAACACUGUGGAGGACUGAGAAUCACAAGCAGCAUUAAAAUGGAAAGUAAACCAAGGCAGCAACUAAAAUCUUACAGUUCCUCCAGAAAAGCUACAAAACUCUUCUUCUUCCCCAGCAGGUGACAGACACGGAAGAGAAAACUCUUGCUAAGAAAGAAAGUUAUUGAAUCCUACCCAUUUUAUGUUUCUUACCACAAUUGUUACAUGAAUCACUGCAGUUGUUAACUUAGUAACACAUUUGUAAAGUGAAUCUGGCUUCCCCAUUGACUUUGCUUAUCAGAAGGUGACAAAAGGUGGGGUGCAUCUACAUGGAGGGAAGAAUGCAGUGGGGACACCCCAAGGCUUAGGCCCAGUACUCUUCAACAACUUCAUACAUGAUUUUGGUGAAGGAAUAGAAGGGAACUUAUCAAAUUUGGAGACAACAGGAGGAUCUUAACAGACUUGAACAGCACAAUGUAAUUUCCAGCACAAUGUAAUUCAGCAGUGAGAAAAAUAGUUUUUUACACUUAAGCAGGAAAAACUCAAUGCAUACCUAUAGAAGAGGUUGUACGUGGCUCAACAGCAGUAACUGUGAGAUGAAUCUAGGAGUUCCAGUGAACAAUCACCCCAAAUAUGAGCUAGCAGUGUGCUGCAGCGGCAGAAAAAACCAAUACAGUCCUUGUCUGCAUCAACAGAAGGAUAGUAUCAAGAUCACAUGAAGUAUCAGUACUGCAUUUUUUUUUGAGCCUUGGUAGUGCAGUGAGCCUUGGUAGUACAGUGGUUUAAAGCACUCUGUUAUUAAGACCAGCUGCCUGCAAUUACUGCAGGUUCGAAUCUCGCCAGGCUCAAGGUUGACUCAGCCUUCCAUCCUUUCUAAGGUAGGUAAAUUGAGGACCCAGUUGUGGGGGCAAUAAGCUGACUUUGUAUAAAUAUACAAAAGGAUGAAGGCUAUUGCUUAGCACAUUGUAAGCCGCCCUGAGUCUCCGGAGAAGGGCGGCAUAUAAAUUAAAUUUAAAAAAAAAAAAAAAGUAUCAAGAUCACAUGAAGUGUCAGUACUGCAUUAUACUGUAUUAGUAAAGCUACACUUGGAAUAUUGUACCCAGUUUUGGUCACCAUGAUAGAAAAAAGAUGAUGAGACUCUAGAAAGAGUGCAGAAAAAAGCCACAAAAAACCUAGGCAUUAGAUUCUAAAAUAUGUGAUGGGUAGGGCUAGGGGUGACAUGAUAGCAGUCUUUCAAUAUUGGAGGGGCGGACAGAUUUGAAUGGGUCGUCCCAUUAUCCAAAGUGCCUGAGAGCAGGACAAGAAGUAACAGGUGAGACUUAUCAGAAAGAGAUUCAAUCUAGAAUCAAGGACAAAGUUCCUAUCCAUGAGAACAAUUACCGUAGUGAACGGCUUGCCUCCAGAAGUGCUCUAUCUGUGGCGGUUUUUGAGAGGAGAUUCAACAGCCAUUUGCCUAGAUUGGUAUAGGAUCUCCUGCUUGGAGAGUUGGACCCUUCUCCAACUUCUAUUCUGUAAUUCUGCCAGAACUUCAUGAACUUUUGUGGAUCAGCACAUAGCUAAUAUUCACAGGAGAAGUAGUGUCACAUUUCACUUGGCAGAGUUGCAAAGUUCGAUUGCUAGGAGUGGAAAACGACUAGAUAGCGUGUAAUCAGUGAAAACAUCUUGCAAACAGGACAAACAUGUUUUUCCGCCUCCUGUCACGAGAUGGCGGUCAGAUAGGCAACUUCUUUACCUAGAGAGCCAACAGUAUAAUACCACCACCUGCGUUUGAGUUUAAAGGAGUUAAAACCAUUGAGUACUGUAUUGCUAGAAAGGAUGGGAGGAGAGGCGAAGCGCAGAGGAACUUCCUCUACUGGAUCACUCAGGGGAGGAAGGUGGUGUGUGCGGAAUGUCUUUUGUGCUCUUCCCAGGAUCGAAGCCGCAGCUGGCAGAAAAAGAGCACUCUGGAAAACUGAGAAUAACAAGCAACUUUGAAAAGGAAAGCAAAUCAAUCCAGAAAUCAAAAUAUUUUCCAUUUCCUUUGGAAAAAUAUACAAUUCUUCUUCUCCAGAGGUUGAUCAACAAAAGAGAGAAAAUCAAGAGAGAUUUCAAGCUGGAAUAAAUAGAGUACAAGGAAAACAAGGAAGUAUUACAUGAAAAGUCAAGGGAGAUUAUUUUUCCAUUUAGAAAAAGAGUGAAAUAUCUGGAAGUCAGUGGGGAGGAAAAGGUCAAUUGGGAAGCCAAAUAGGGCAGACAGUAAUGGAGGCUUUACCCUGUGAGGAAGAAAACAAUAGCUUGAAUCAAAGCUCCAUCCAACAAGGAUCACGCAUAUUUUUGACUUCUUCAAGAAUAUCAGUCUUGAAAAAGGUGCACAGAUCUGCUUAUUAUGGCAAAAGAACAGAUUGCAAAUCAGAGCUGAUUAUAGACAACACGAUCCACUCUGGAGAACAACCAUAUAAAUUAUCUGAAUGUGAUAAAAUAUUUGGCCAGAACAGCUCCCUUGUGGAUCAUGGAAGGACCGACGCAGGAGAGAUGCCCUACAAGUGCUCUGAAUGUGGUAAAUGCUUUAGCGAAAAUGGCAAAUUGGAGAUACAUCAGAAGAUUCACAUCAGGGAAAAACUCUAUGAUUGUCCUAUUUGUGAGAAAAGUUUUAUGACAAAUUCCCACCUAGUGAUACACCAGAAGACUCACAUUGGAGAGAAACCCUUUGAAUGUCCUGAUUGUGGGAAACGUUUCAGUCAGAAAUCUAGCAUGAUGAAACACCAGAGGACUCAUACAGAAGAGAAACCAUUUGAAUACCCUGGUUGUAGUAAAAGUUUUGAUCCAAAUUCCCACCUGGUGAUAUACCACAGGACGUACACAGGAAAGAAAUCAUAUGUGUGUCCUGAUUGUGGGAAAUGUUUUACAGCAAAUUCCCACCUGGUGAUACACCAGAGGACUCACACAGGAGAGAAACCUUUUGAAUGUCCUGAUUGUGGGAAACGUUUCAGACAGAAAUAUAGCAUGAUGAAACACCAGAGGAUUCACACAGAAGAGAAACCAUUUGAAUACCCUGGUUGUAGUAAAAGUUUUGAUCCAAAUACCCACCUGAUGAUACGCCACAGGACGUACACAGGAAAGAAAUCAUACGUGUGUCCUGAUUGUGGGAAAGGAUUCAUUGCAAAUUCCCACCUGGUGAUACACCAGAGGACUCACACAGGAGAGAAACCUUUUGAAUGUGCUGAUUGUGGGAAACGUUUCAGUCAGAAUUCCAGCCUGUUGAAACACCAGAGGACUCACACGGGAGAGAAACCCUUUGAAUGUCCUGAUUGUGGAAAAAGUUUCAGUUUGAAUUCCAACCUGGUGAUACACCAGAGGAUUCACACAGGAGAGAAACCUUUUGAAUGUCCUGAUUGUGGGAAAUGUUUCAGUCAGAAUUCCCAUUUGGUGAUUCACCAGAGGACUCACACAGGAGAAAAACCAUAUGAAUGUCUUGAUUGUGGGAAAUGUUUCAGUAAGAAUUCCAACCUGGUGAAACACCAGAGGAUUCACACAAGAGAGAAACCAUAUGAAUGUUCAGAUUGUGAAAAAAGUUUCAGUCUGAAUUCCGACCUAGUUAUACACCAGAGGACUCACAGAGGAGAAAAACCCUACGAAUGUCCAGAGUGUGGGAAAACUUUCAGUUACCGUUCUGAUCUGAUGAAACACCAGAGGACUCACACAGGAGAAAAACCAUAUGAGUGUCUAGAGUGUGGUAAAUGUUUCAGUUACAGUUCUGACCUGGUGAAACACCAGAGGACACACACAGGAGAGAAACCCUUUGAAUGUCCUGAUUGUGGGAAAACUUUCAGUCAGAAUUCCAACCUGGUGAAACACCAGAGAACUCACACGGGAGAAAAACCCUUUGAAUGUCAUGAUUGUGGAAAAACUUUCAGUCUGAAUUUCAACCUGGUGAAACACCAGAGGACUCACACAGGAGAUAAACCGUAUGAGUGUCCAGAUUGUGGAAAAAGCUUCAGUCACUGUUCUGACCUGGCAAUACACCAGAGGAGUCACACAGGAGAAAAACCCUUUGAAUGUCCUGAUUGUGGCAAAGGUUUCAGUCAGAAUUCCAACCUGGUGAGACACCAGAGGAUUCAUACAGGAGAGAAACCCUUUGAAUGUCCUGAUUGUGGAAAACUUUUCAGUCAGAAUUCCAGCCUGGUGAUUCACCAGAGGACACACACAGGAGAGAAACCGUAUGAGUGUCCGGAUUGUGGGAAAGAUUUUAGUAGUAGGUCUAGUCUUCUAAGUCAUGUAGGUUUACACACAGGGGAGAAACCUUUCAGAUGUCCAGUCUGUGGACGGUACUUCAGGCAUAAAUCGUCCUUUAUUGCACACAAGGAAAUCCAUAUGAGGCAAACGUUGAUGAAUUUAGAAAAGGCUUGAAUUUAAUUUCUGAUUUCUAGUUGGGAGUAUACAGUAGGUAGGAAAUUGAGUAUUUGAAUUCUGGCCUAAUUCUUUUUAGUCAAAGUCUCUUAGGAUUAGAUUUGUAGGUGGAGAGAAAAAAAUGGAAAAUGCUACUUUCAUAAAGGCUAACUCCUUUAGCCUUCAGCAAAAGUUACUGUUAUAUGUUUCCUUUUGCAGAAGUUGUGGAAUUCCUCAAAAAGGAUUUUCCAUAGUGUUUUAUUGUAUAUUGAUUUUGGAAUUUCCACAUGUCAAGUGUCAGCCUUCUUUCUUGAUGUCCUCCAUAUUUUGAGCUCCACAAUUCCCAAGCCAGCAUAGAAUUAGUCCUAGACAUACAAAUGUAAUGGGAGCUGUCAAUUAUGGUUGCGUUUUGCAAUGGUUGUUUAAGCAAGAGUGCUUUGGUUAACUACCCCACUCCCUGUUCUCCGUGAUGCAGCCAUUAAACAAAUGUGCAAGUUGCUAAGCAGAACACUGGCUACCUCAGGAUUGUGGGAAUUUCUUUGAGGCCUGCCUUAUCCUCAGAGACACCCUGUGCUCUGAUUCCCAACUCUUGGUCAUCCCCAGGGUGGAUUUGAUUUAAAUCGAGUUGAUUUAAAUCACAGUUUAAAUCAUGAUUUAAAUCACUAGUAAAAAGGCUUGAUUUAAAUCAACUCGAUUUAAAUCAUAAUUUUUAAAGAGCAACUGUCAUCUCUGCUACUCCUUUGACUCACCGAUAGUCCCAGUGUUGCAGAAUAUACAGCCUCAUCCUACAUAACUAAGCUCCAUUUCAUGCUGAAUAAACUAAAUUAUUUAUGUAUCUUAAAUAGAAAACUAUCUUACGAUAGAUUUUUACCCCAAAAGUUUUUUAUUAAAAUAAAUUCCAUAAAAAUCAAAAAAAUCUGAUUUAAAUAAAAAAAAAUCCGAUUUAAAUAAAAAAAAUCUGAUUUUUUCGAUUUUUUUAAAAAAAAAUCAUUGAUUUUUAUCCAUCCUGCAUGGAAAAAGCAUGGUCACCCCCAUGCUUUUUCCUCCCCAAAAGGCUCACACCAGAUCUUUCCUUCCUCCACUGAGUCCCCUCAGGCAUUUUCCCAUUUCCACUGGCUCCCUGAAGGCCUUAGGCCAUUCCAGACAAAUGGCUGUCCAAUCUCCUCUUAAAAAUCUCCACUGGUGGAGCACCCACCACUUCAGGAGGCAAGCCGUUCCACUGAUUAACUGUUUUCAGUGACAGGAGGUUUCUCCUUAAUUCUUAGGUUGGAUCUCUUUUUGAUAAGCUUCCCUCUGUUACUUAUUGUCCAUCUCUCAGGUGCUUUAGAGAAUAGAUAGACCCCCUUUUUUCUGUGUAAUCCAUUCAAAUAUUGAAAGACUGCUAGUCACCCUUAUAGCCCUUCUCUCUGGUAGAUUAGACAUAUCCAGUUCCUGCAACUGUUCAUCUUGUUUUACCGCCCACCCCAAGUGCCCUAGUCAUCUUUGUUGCUCUUCUCUGCACUGUUUUUCGUCUCAACAUCUUUUCUGCAUUAUGGUGCCCAAACGUGGAUGCAAUAUUCCAAGUGUAGUCUUACCAGUGCAAUAUAAUGCAAUACAGACACUUCAUGUGAUCUUGAUGCUAUCCUACUGUUGAUGCAGAUUAGGGCUGCAUUGGCUUUUUCUGCAGCUGCAGCCACACUGCUGUCUCAUACUUAGGUAGUUGUCCAUUAGGACUCAGAUCCCUCUCAGUUACUGCUGUUGAGUGAGGUCAAAGUCAAGGUCCUUUUUUUAAAACUGGAGAGCUUUGGGGGCCAAAUAUUCAUCUGAAUGUUCAUACUUUCUUUUUCCUGUAUUCUAUGCCAAGGAACUUUUUAAAGUUAUUUUUAAUUCAGUACUUCAUUCUGUGGGAACAUUUAUAGGGAAUGCCCUUGGCAUUAAUCUUACUAAGCAGUUUUACAUUAAAAAUGAUUGAUCUGAACACUGGUUUAUCCUUUCAAAGCACCUGGGGAAAUGGAUUUCUGUUCCCCCCACUUCUUUUAAAAAAGCCCAGUCAAAAUACCAUCAUCCAUGCAUCAAGCUGAAGUGAAUAGGUUCUGAACUGUCCCAAGAUUUACAUUAUGUUAAAAUAAUUUUGGAAAUCUUCAGAGAAAGCUAUAAAAGUGAAGGUGGAGAGACUCACAGAAAUCCCAUGCCUAAUUUCAGGCAUGAAAUUGGGAGGAAAAAUAAAAAUUGGAAAGGGAAGAUUGUAAUGGAAUAGCUAGAGCAGUGGUUCUCAACCUUUCUAAUGCCGCGACCCUUUAAUAGAGUUCCUCAUGUUGUGGUGACCCCCAACCAUAAAAUUAUUCCUAAAACCAUUGAAAAUAUGUGUUUUCUGAUGGUCUUAGGCAACCCCUGUGAAAGGGUCGUUCGACCCCCAAAGGGAUCGCGACCCACAGGUUGAGAACCACUGAGCUAGAGGAAUCAGGACCGUCUUAUAAAAUGGCUCCAUGCAGCAUUAUAUUGCAACAACUGAAACCUCUAUGGGGGUGGUGCUAUUCAGUUAGUGGGGCAGAGAUAAACAUGGAUGCAGCAAUCACCAGAAAGGGAAUCUGGGCAUGUAAGAGAGGCAAAUUCAGGUGCUCCAUCUCCAAGCAAGUCCACUGGGCAGGGCUGCCCAUUAGCCAAGCUUGCGAUGCCUCUCAGGUCUCUUGUCACCUGCCUUUCAGAUCCCACUGGUCUCCUCUGUAGAGAUACUGUCAUCCAGGUCAUGGUUGUCCCAAAAGUGCUUUUUCAGGAGGCAACUGGACUUUUUUCUUUUGAAGACGUUUCGCUUCUCUUCUUGGAUGAGAAGUGAAACAUCUUCAAAAGUUGCCUCCUGAAAAAACACCUUUGGGAUACAGGUCUCCUCCUAAGAUAGAUCUUGCCUUAGGAGGGGAGCCCCUUCAGCCUCCUUCACGUUUUUCCUCUGAUCUCAAAUUUCCACAAGUCCUCUUCUCCUCUCCAAACACUAGAGAGCUGAUCCUCCCCGGCAGCAACAGGGAAACAUAGGAACAUUUCUGGGACGCUGCAGUAAGCUGGUGCAGAUUUUUAAAAAAUAUUACUGUUAGUUCUUGACUUAAGACCACAAUUGAGGCCAAAAUUUCUGUUGCUGUGAAUUUUGCCCCAUUUUACAACCUUUCUUGCCCCUGGUAUUAAGAGAAUUGCUGCAGUUCUUAAGUUAAGAAUACGGUUGUUAAGUGAAUCUGGCUUCCCCAUUGACUUUGCUUGUCGGAAGGUCACAAAACAUAUCAUAUAUGACCCAGGGGUGAAAUCUAAAAUUUGUUACUACCAGUUCUGUGGGCGUGGCUUGGUGGUGGCGAGGGUAAUGUGACUGGGUGGGCAUGGCCAACUUUUUUUUUUUUAACUUUUAAAAGCAUUUUUUCUAUAACCUUAAGAGGUUGCAGAAAAAAAUGCUUUUAGAAGCCUCUGACGAUCAGGCAAGUCAGCUGGGAUCACCAGAGGCUUUUAAAGGCAUUUUUUUUUCCUACAACCUCUGGCUGAAGAGGUUGCAGAAAAAAAUGCUUUUAGAAGCCUCUGACGAUCCGAGCUGAGCCGCGUGAUCAUCGGAGGCUUUUUUUUUUACUUUUAAAAGCAUUUUUUCGGCCGAAGACGUUGUAAAAAAAAUGCUUUUAAAAGUAAAAGAAACAGCAUCUGAUGAUCGCGCAGCAAUCUGGUCCGAACCGGAAGCAUUUCACCCUUGAUAUGACCCCAGGACACCACAGCUAUCAUAAAUAUUAACCAGUUGCCUAGCAUUCAAAUUUUGAUCACAUGACGCUGAGGAUGCUGCAACAGUCCUGAUCAAAAGAUUACACAUAGAAUAGAAUAACAGAGUUGGAAGGGACCUUGGAGAUCUUCUAGUCCAACCCCCUGCUUAGGCAGGAAACCCUACACCACUUCAGACAAAUGGUUAUCCAACAUCCUAAUGGUUAUCCAAUGUCCUAAGUGUAAAAACUGUCAUAAGUCACUUGUUUUCAGUGCUGUUGUAACUUUGGUCACUAAAUGAAUAGUUGUAAGUUGAAGACUACCUAUACACAAAAGAUAGGAAUGUUUUGUGUGCUCUCUUGAAUUCCUGAAUGAAAAGAAAAUACAUAAAAUAUAUGUUGGGGUUUUUUUUUUAAUUCAGAUUCCUCCAUGGAAUAGACCUUAGGGCCAAAAGCUGAACAGGCCCCCUUUAACUCUAGUACUUAGAUCAUCAUCACAUCCACAGCAUUUUGGGUCUGCAUCCAGAGUAGUGCUGUAUGUACGGUGUCCCUCUAAGGAGGUUAGUCAGCUUAUCAUUUGGCGGGAUAUUUUUUUUCCUUUGCUUUUCACUUGAGAAGACACCCAACAUUCCUUGGUUCCUCUGUAAACCAUCAUGCCACAAAAAAUUUAUUUUUCAUUCUGCCUUAAUUCUUUCCCCCAGGAUCUAUUUUGUGAAUUUGCCAUUUCAGGGGUGCAUAUUGUCCUCAACUGGCAACAACUUUUGGGACUAGAAUUUCAGUGCAUUUGUGAAGUGAGUCAUCACUUGGUUUUAUGUCCAUUUUUACUGUGAUUGUGUUAAACAACCACAAGUCAUUAAGUAAACGUGUUGUCCUAUGUUAUUGGAA